AUGGAGAGCCACCCAUCCAAGCUGCUCUCCUUUUCCGGAAAUGGGCCUGUGUUCUUGCCCGGUCUCGGUCGCUUGGCGAGUGUGCUCCAGGACAGCCACUAUGGCAUGCAGAAGACUGUCGACGCCCUGAAUGUGAUGAGAUCUGACCACAGAACGGACUGCCACAACGUUGUGGAAGGAUCUUAUCUGGACUUCCGUCCGCGUAGGGAGCCGAUCCCGCACGUAAUCGUCAGCGCCAGCGGCUGGGGAGGGCAUUGGACGAAGAUGCCGGCAGAGACCCUGGCCCUGACAACUUUUGCUGACGUCUCACUGCCGGGUUUCACCAUCUUCCAGUUCCUGAAGCUGCGGCAGAAGAAGGCGCAGCCGUGUGAGCGCCCGAGUCGUGGCUUGGUCGAGGAGUAUUAUCGCGCAUAUGCUGAGCACUACAACCUCUCUGCAUACCUUCAACCUGGCCGCGUCAAGGAGGUGGAGCUCGGGGAUGACGGCAGAUACCUCGUUUCUGCGAAGCUGAAAACCGGCGGCAGUCUUCGAUUCUCCAGCUCUGCAGUUGUUCUUGCCAACGGUCGUUUCGGAUCCCCUCGCUUGCUACCGACUCUCCCUGCAGAACAUGGCUCCGACAAUGGGCCCCUGCUUGUGAUCGGAGGUGGGCUCAGUGCAGCUGAUGCUGUGCUCGCAGGCCUCCGCUCUGGGAGGCAGGUGCAUCACAUUUUCCACAGAGGACAAAUCAUCCGAAACUAUGGCGACAGGGCUGAGCAAUACCCUGAAUAUCAUGCUUUGCGAGAAUUAAUGUCCGGAAGCAACGACAAGAAGGCAUUGGAAGCCGCGGUGGGCUCUGCCGUGAGCUCUCAGAUCAGCUAUACACCUUACAUGCAAGCCAGCCUCGUGGAUUUCCAGCAUAAUCCAGAGCCGAGCAACUUCACAUGCCAGAUCGAGUUUGAGAACAAUUUCCGGCGUGUGGUGGAGGUGUCACAGCUGAAGGUCCUGAUUGGAUGGUUGCCAGAUUUGCAGUUUAUGAAGUCUCCAUCCGUCAGUGUCGAGCUGCAGUGCCAGGCCACUUGUCACUACAUGCUGCCCGUGGACAGCAGAAAUGGGUUUAGAAUCAGCGAGAACUUGCAUGGGAUCGGCUCUUUGGCAGGCACCAGCUUUGUGCGGGAUUUGGUCAGCCAUGCCUUCAGCGUUCUUUCCUCGUUGCAUGGCAACGGCCUGCUCUCCGUUGGUCCUCGGCUUCGACUGAGCAGCGACCAGGCCCAGGUGGAUGGGAUUCGAAGGUUUGCAGCCGUCACUUGGGCUGCAAGGCUGGUGGCGAACCAGGCCACACGCAAAGCUGCACCCCCCUGUCCACCUACAGAAGCCCACAUCCUCAGCCUUCACAUGGCCGCAUUCUUGGUCUGGUCCUUUGAGUCAAAGGUGCUGCACCCGGUGAUAUCAACAGGGCCGCCUGGCGGCUCGACGGUGCUUUUGCUGGGCCCCUGUGAAGUCGCUGAGGUCUUGUCCCGAAUGUACCACGUCAAUGUGACCACAGUGAACGAAGAGCCACCGCCCUCUUCGGAGACAUACGGUGCUGUGACGCAGGCCCUUCAAAGCUUUCCUGGCGAGGUUUUUGAUGGCGCCUUGGUCUACUGGCCGGCUUGGGUUUCCGGGCCGGCCGACCCAGAGACCAACUCGCAGCCUGGUUUCAGCCAGCUUUGCCAUGCCCUGGAAACCACAACCAGGCACUUUAUAUGGAUUGGUGGCCUUUCUGCAAGAGCUGCUUCCGAAAUAAGCCGCUGUGCCGACAUGUUGAUGAUGCAGCACAGGAUUGCCAAGAAUUCCGAGCUUCUCGAGGGUGAAGAGGCGGCCACUCGGAAUGCCGCCUCAGAUGCCUCUGUUUUCUUUUACCGCCGGAGCACCGACGGGCUGGAAGGUUCGGCCCUGACGCAGUAA